AUGGGUGUCAAGUCCUCGAGUCCCACUGCAGUAUUAGUACUGGUAGCGUUGCCUAUUCCGCUCUAUGUCAACAAGAUCUUCUCGGAAAAGACUCAGCUGCCGCAAGCGUAUUCAGAGCUUCCAUUUGUUUGCACUCCUUCAUCUGGGUGGAAGCACAAACUUCUGAAUCUGGGUGAAGUGCUACGCGGAGAUCGAAUCAUGAACUCGGACUUUAUUAUCGAAUCCAACGUACCAAGUCCGUGCAAAGUGCUCUGCACUCAAUCAGUCAACAAGGAAGCCGCUGAUCAGGCUAAAGAUCUGGUUACAAACUUUUACAAUGUCGAAUGGAUUUUGGAUGAUUUGCCAGGUGCAACCAAAGUGAUAGAUUCGACGAGUCGAAAGACCUAUGAUAUUGGCUUCCCCCUUGGCUUCUUCGAUGACAAGUCUGGCAAAGCCGAAUUGAACACCCAUUUCGACUUUAAAAUCUUGUACGAGCGAAAGAAGAAGUCGGACGACAAGCUGAUUGUGGGAUUUGAAGUCUCACCCAGAAGUGUUAAGUUGAGUGACAAAAAAUGCCCUCAAGAUAUCAGAACCGUGUCAGAAACAGUAGAUCUGAAUGAUUCAUUGACUGAAAUCACAUAUACCUACUCAGUCACUUGGGAAGAGGAAACUGAAGUCAAAUGGGGCGAUAGAUGGAGUCUGUACAUGUCUACCAAUGAUCCGCAGAUUCAUUGGUAUUCCAUCAUCAAUUCCAUUAUUAUCUUGCUAUUCCUGACUGCUAUGGUAGCCAUUAUUCUGUUGCGAACGCUGAAUCGAGACAUUGCCAUUUACAAUGAAGAAGAUUUGAAGGAAGAGCCUGAAGAUACCACUGGAUGGAAGCUGCUUCACGGAGAUGUAUUCAGACCUCCCAGACUUGCUGGUCUUCUGGCUCCUUUGCUUGGGACGGGAAUGCAGCUUCUGUUGGCGAUGGCUGCUGUAGUGGGACUGUCGAUGCUCGGUAUCCUGAAUCCAGCAUUCCGUGGAGGACUGGUGUCGUUUGCACUCUUCUUCUUCACCUUCAUGGGCACCUUUGCUGGAUACUUUUCGGCUCGGAUGUUCAAAGCGUUCAAGGGUACUUCUUGGCAGAAAAACGCUAUGUUGACGGCUUUGCUGUGCCCUGGAAUUGUGUUUGUCGUAGUGUUCUUGAUGAAUCUACUCAUAUGGUCACGACAUGCCUCAACAGCUAUUCCCUUCGGGACAUUCUUUGCUCUUACUGCUAUGUGGUUUGGAAUUUCUUUGCCCCUAGUCUACAUCGGAGCCUACUUUGGAAACAGGAAGCAAGCCAUUGAGCAUCCUGUUCGAACAAAUCAAAUACCAAGACAAAUUCCAGAUCAAGUGUGUGUCAUGAUUGCUGGACUGAUACCAUUUGCUGUAAUCUUUUUGGAGCUCUUCUUCAUUCUAAAAUCUGUUUGGCAAGCCGAACAGUUCUACUAUAUGUUUGGAUUCCUUGGUGUGGUGUUUUUGCUGCUCGUGAUAACUUGCAUAGAAAUCACCAUUGUGAUUGUGUACUUCCAAUUAUCAUCGGAAGACUAUACGUGGCAUUGGAGAGCCUGGCUGGUAUCAAGUGCCAGCGCAGUCUACAUCUUCAUGUACUCUGUGUAUUAUUACUAUACUCGAUUAGAAAUAACGGACUUUGUAUCGUCAAUGGUGUACUUUACGUACUGUGCUCUAUGUGGUUUCGCUUUCUGGCUGGCGACAGGAACCAUAGGCUUUAUUACUACAUAUCUCUUUGUUCGCAAGAUGUAUGCCAGUAUCAAGAUCGAUUAG